AUGUUGGAAAGGAAAAUAUUUGAUAUAACUAAAAAUAUAUCAAUAUUUAGACAAAUGUUACGGUUUGGUGGUACUCCUUAUAGAAUUAGACAAUUUCUAAUCAAAUUUAAUAAAUUUAUCAAGAGUGGGCCAACGAAUUUGAUAAAUAUUUAUAAAUUUUGGAUAAAUGAAGAUUCUCUUGGUGAUUUUAUUGAUCUUUAUUAUGGGAUAUGUGAUGAAAUAAUAUUGUUAUAUAAAUUGAAUGUCUUCACAAAUCCAAAUUUCAAAUCAUUUAUUGGGAAACAUGAAGCUUAUUCAUGGUAUAUGGAUAUUUUAUUAGGAUUGAAAAAAAACUAUAACAAAUUACAAGAGAAUAGGAAUAAACAAUUACAAUUAAACAUCCAAAACCAAGUUAAACAAAAAGCUUCAUUACUUUCCAAGAGAUUAAUGGAUAGCAUUGGGAACAAUUCACCAAUGAAGUCACAAAUCCUAAGAGAAUUUAAUACAAAAUCUCCAAUAUUGAAUAAUAAUAAUCAAUAUGAUUUGGAGAUUGAAGCUUUGAAACAUGAAGAAAGAAUAAUAAUGACAGAUCUUGUUAGAUUAUCUUUUGAUUUUGUUUGUGAUUCAAUAGAUAUUUUCAAAUUGGAACUGAAUCCAUCGGUUUAUUUGAUCUGUGGGGCAAUUUCUGGUUCUUUUGGAUUAAGUAAAGUUUGGAUGAUGUCUAAAAGGGA